AUGGCCGGGAGCUUCAGCCGAAUCGCCAACAUAAUUGGAAUCGUGAAAUUCACUAGGGAUCUCAUCAACGCCAGCCGCCAUUACGUCUUCGGCACCGAGCGUAUCCUCAAAGCUUUCGACAAUCUCGUCACUGAGCUCAUUGAUCUCGAAAAGCUCCUUAAGUCUGUACAAGACCACUUCGACUCCAACCCCAGCUCCUUAGUCACUGUUCUGGACGGGUGGAUAAGUGAGCUGGUGGGGCUCAACAAGCCGAAGGAUAGAGGCUGGUUUAGGGAGUGGUUUGAAUGGGACCGGAGAGAUGUAGAUAGGCCUAAGAAUAUAGCGUCAGAAACGAAGAGACCAGCGAAUAAUGCGAGCCCCGACAUUCAAGAGGUUCAGGUUGAGUCUACCACGCAGAAUUCCUGGAGGACCAAGGAAGAGUAUCGUCAACGUCUUGGUAAGGAUUUGAACCUCACAUGCAUAAACCAAGAACAAUAA